AUGAUCAAAGAGGAGAAUGAUCAGCAUUUCUCAAGGCUUAGAGAUUACCGGCUAGAGUUAUUAGAGUCCAAUGAGGAUUCAACGGUAGAGCUCGAGACAUUCAACGGAGAUGAUGGUUCAGAUGUUUUCUAUAGAUUUUACGUUUGCUUUGCUGCAUUGAAGAAGACUUGGUGUGCUCACUGUCGACCGAUCUUUGGUCUUGAUGCAUGCUUCCUCAAGUGCACAACAAAGGGUCAGUUGUUAGUGGCUGUUGGCAGAGAUGCAAAUAACAAAAUGUUUCCUAUAGCGUGGGCUGUUGUUGACGUCGAGAGUGAAGACAAUUGGGUUUGGGGUAUUAAUGCAGUAUCAAAUAUCUUGCCAAUGGUUGAGCACAUGAUGUGUGCAAGACAUAUUUACGCAAACUUAAAGAAGAAACAUCCGCAUAGAGCUGACAUGAAAGGCAAAUUCCGGAAGGUCGCCAAGAGCUACAACAUGGCGCAGUACAACAAGAGGGUGGAUGAGGUGAAGGCAUAUGACAUGAGUGUAUAUGAUUCGAUGAUGAUGAAGAAUCCCAAAAAUUGCAGCCUUGCCUUCUUUACUCCAUCCUCGACUUGUGAUGAUGUAAGCAACAACAUAUCUGAGUCUUUUAAUCAUGCGGUUGACCCUGCUAGAUCAAUGCCACUCGUGGAAAUGUUGGAAACAAUACGCAGAAGAGCUAUGUUGCGCAUUGAGGCAAGGAAGAUGAGAGCAAUGAAUCACAGAGGGAAGUUCAGUCUAAAAGCAAUGGAAAAGGUCAGCGAGGAGAAACGUAAAAUACGUCAUUGCACUAUAUAUCCUUGCGGAUAUGAGGUAUUUGAAGUGAAAGAGAAAAACAGUUCAUACAAAACGAAAAUGGUUGAUCGUACUUGCACUUGUCGAAAGUGGGAAGGAUCAAAUCAACCAACACAAAGUCAAGUGGUCGACUAA